AUGAAGCAACGCUUUGCGGAGAUCUUCCAAAGUAAAACCCGCGAUGAGUGGGCGAAGAUCUUCGCCAACACCGACGCCUGUUGUGUGCCCGUGCUGAAUCCCUUGGAAGCGGCGGCUCAUCCUCACAACCAGAUGCGGCGAAGUUUUGAACCAACCCCAGGUGCUUCUGGGCUUUAUGAACCGGCUCCUGCGCCAAAGUUGCAGCGGACGCCUGGACUCUCGCCGCGGCCGAGCCCUGUGCCCGGGGGCGACACGAGGACCGUUCUUUGCGAGUAUGGCUUCUCUGGCGAAGAGGUGGCCAAUCUGCUGAAGGAGGGUGUGCUGGGUGAGAGCAAGUCCAAGCUGUGA